UCAAAAAGAAGAAGAAAAAAAUGUAAAAUAUAUUCUGCGUUUGGAAAUAUAAGUUCUAAUUGGAUUUUUUCUGCGUUAAACACUUUUUCUUCCUAACCCUACCAACGGCUACAUAUUCUAGAAUUUUUUUGUUGAUGCAAUAUAUCAAUAAAUAUGGAAGCUUUGUAUAUUACACGUCGGGAUAUUGAGAAUUUUCCAUUUCCGUAUAAAUUGUGGCUAGUGAUACAUUUGGAUUUUUGUGAUUUUUUACGCUGGAGUCGUGAUGGCACAGUUGUAUUAUUGGAUUUGGUAGCUUUAGAGGACUAUCUGAAUUCGACGCGGUCCAUAUUUCAUAUAAAAAAUCGUUCAAGUUUCUUAGACCAUUUAGAAGAAUUUCAAUUCGAGCGAUUGAACGCGACGCCUGAACCCGGGCAAGAUUUAUUGUUGCAAUAUAAAAAUGAGAACUUUCAAAGACAUCGUUUGGAUUUGUUACCCAAAAUUCGCCGUUCUACUUAUCAUAUAUUCGGUGAGCAAAAUAAAAGCAAAAAUAAAACUGUAGACCACAAUUCACUCGAUGCUCUUAAUACGCGUGCUGCCGAGCGUAUGAAGGGAGAUUUGUGCUUUAUGUUUCACGGUGGCCUAUCGAAAAUUCAAAAGAGUCGGUUACGUUUCCACACGAUUUUAAACUUUCAAAAUGAAACGCGUAUUUUGCAAGAGAAAUUGCAAGCUUCAGAUGAACUUGCAGCCCAAAAACGUCGUAUUAAAACUAAACUAGACCGCGGUGUAGGCAGUGGAAAGGGUGGCAGCGUGGCUGAAGAAGAAGAGGUCAUUGAACUGCCGGUAGAUAUGUUCGAGAACCCUCACGAUUCAGUAUUGCAUGUAGACGAUGAUUUUCGACCCGAAUAUGCUGGUUAUUACGGCACAUGUAGCAAAGAAUUAAUUAUGAACUUUUUUGGCGAUUAUUUGCCAACGUAUGAGGACGGUUCAAUGGAAGUUAAGAAAAUUAUAGGUGAAUCAGGCGCUUCUAACUUAAAUGUGUUGUCUUCCGAACGUGAUGAAGUACCAAAAUCCCAAUUUCAAAAGUACUUCGAGGCUUCAUCGUUGAACAUGGAUUCUACUUCGACGUCUACACGCCAAAGCAAUUUGCCACCUUUGAAUUUUUCUUCGCCUCUCGAACCCAUUUUCAAGACAGACGAUGAGCACGGCAAUGUAAAUUAUAUGCAAAAAGGCAUAACGGUUACACAAAUUAAUCAAAAUCGUAUGGAUACAGAAGUUGAUAUCUCUAUGGACGAAUUUAUAAAGUUUAAAGAUACCAGUUAUGCAAACUUGGUAAGCAGAACUCCUAGAGAGGUUGAAGCAAGACCUCACGAGGUAAAUUAUUCAACUGCUACUGUUCAACAAGCGGUUGCACCCGCACAUCCGCAAGAUUUCCCGCAAAUGCCAACGGCUGUUAAAAUGGAAAUAACUGAGCAAGAAGAUAACCACGAAAAUGAAGCCAAUUUUCGUAAUUUCUUUAGCCAAUAUAGAGCUUCAUUGAAUUUACUUUACGAUCGUCAUUGAAUGUUGUUUCCAAUAUGAUAUUUUCUUUAUAGUU